CUUUUCCCUUCACUUUCUUCAACCACACGCCCGCCGGCAGCAUCAUCACCGCUUCUGCCUGGCAUCGCCAUUAUUUAUCGCGUCGCUGUGACCGACACGACGCGACUCCACUGGACUCGGACGGACGAAGCGCGCCACGCUGAGGACCAUCAAAGGCAGCAACCCGCGCACGCGACGUCGACUCUCCAUCCUUUUCCACCCCAGACACCUCUCUCUGUCGCGUAGCCUCUCUUCAUCGCCACGUGCAUCGCCUCCGACAGUAGCCCGUCAUGGGUGUGCCAGCCUUGUUUCGCUGGCUCAGCAAAAAGUAUCCGAAGAUCAUUUCGCCUGUGGUCGAGGAGCACGCGCAAAAGGUGCAAAAUGCAGAUGGCUCCGAGACGGUUAUUCCCAUAGAUGCGCGGGGUCCCAACCCCAAUGGCGAGGAAAUGGACAACUUGUAUCUCGACAUGAAUGGUAUCGUGCAUCCGUGUUCGCACCCGGAGGACCGGCCACCACCGGCCAACGAGGAAGAGAUGAUGAUUGCCAUCUUUGAGUACACUGAGCGCGUAGUCAACAUGGUCCGCCCACGUAAGCUUCUGAUGAUUGCUGUCGAUGGUGUCGCGCCUCGUGCCAAAAUGAACCAGCAGCGUAGCAGACGUUUUCGAAGCGCGCAAGAAGCCGCCGAGAAAGACGCUGAGGCUGCUGAGUUCCACGCGCGCAUGGUCGCCAAUGGCGAGCGUAGUGCUGAUGGUGAGGGCGCUGACAAGCCCAAGAAGACAUGGGACUCCAACUCUAUCACUCCUGGAACACCUUUCAUGGACCUGCUCGCCCAGUCACUGCGUUAUUGGAUCAGCUACAAGUUGAGCACGGAUCCCGCGUGGGAGAAGCUCAAAGUCAUCAUCUCCGAUGCCACUGUUCCCGGUGAAGGUGAGCACAAGAUCAUGAACUUUGUAAGAUCGCAGCGCAGCUCGCCCGAGCACGACCCCAACACCAGGCACGUCAUGUAUGGUCUCGAUGCUGACCUGAUCAUGUUGGGUCUUGCUACCCACGAACCGCAUUUCCGCAUCUUGCGCGAAGAUGUCUUUGCGAACGACACGAAGCCGGGUCACUGCAGGAAAUGCAAUCAGCCAGGCCACAUAGCGGCUAAUUGCCAGGGCCUGACGGCCAAGAAUGACAGAUCCGCGGAAGAGAAAGUCGAGAAGCCCCUCAAGCCUUUCAUCUGGCUGCACGUGGGAAUCCUGCGUGAAUAUCUGGCCAUCGAGAUGAGCGUGCCAAAUCAAGGCUUUCGCUUCGACCUCGAACGCGCACUGGACGACUGGGUGUUUAUGUGUUUCUUCGUCGGUAACGAUUUCCUUCCGCAUUUGCCAUCACUGGACAUUCGUGAGGACGGUAUUGACACACUCAUCGCCAUUUGGCGAGACAACUUGCCUGUCAUGGGUGGCUACGUGACCAAAGAUGGGCAUGUGGACCUGGCCAGGGCGCAGCUCAUCCUGGAAGGACUUGCUAAACAGGAAAACGCGAUCUUUAAGCGGCGUCGCGAGACCGAAGUGAAAGCCGCCCAGCGACAGAAGCAGCGCGAGGACCGUGAGCGACGUCAAUCAAACAAGCGCCCGCGAUACUCGAACAAUGGCGAGCCAACCGGAUUCGAUGAGACAGUCAUACGCAGAGGUGCCAGAGGUGGCAUCAUUCGUGGAGAAGCGGCGCCUGAUCCAAAUGCACUGCCUACCUUUGCACCGAGCCUGGCGCAGACCAUGAACGACCCACGAUACCAGAAAACCCUGACGCAUGCUGACAUUGUCGGCGGAGCCAGCGGACAGGAGAACAAGUCUGCCGCUGCGGCACUGAAGGAGAAAUUGAUGGGGAGCAACAAGGGCUCUGACAACCAAAGAGCAGAUAUUGAGGCGCUGAUGGCCUCGACUACUGGUGGACAAGACCUGACUCCAAAACUCGGCAAACGUACUCGUGACAUGAUCGAUGACGCCGCGGCAGAUGAUGCGAGUUCAGACCCGUCAACUCCGGGUCGCAACACGCCUGACAAAGAGAUCGCAAACCCUACCAACCGUGGCACAUCUGGCCAACUUGGAGGUAACAAAGAUGCCUCAGAUGGCAUGCCAGAAGAUACAGUCAAGCUGUGGGAGGACGGCUAUGAAGAGCGCUACUACGAGCAAAAGUUCCACGUCUCGCCGGAUGACAUCGAGUUCCGGCACAAAGUGGCGCGCAGCUACGUGGAAGGGCUUUGCUGGGUAUUGCUCUACUACUUCCAAGGUUGUCCAUCGUGGACCUGGUACUAUCCAUAUCAUUACGCGCCCUUCGCAGCCAACUUCAAGGACAUGGACAAGCAAGUGGUUCAUUUCGAGAAGGGCAAGCCUUUCCAUCCCUACGAGCAGCUCAUGGGAGUCAUGCCUGCCGCUUCGAACCACACUCUCCCUGCGGUAUUCCAUCCACUCAUGACCGACGAUGACAGCCCGAUCAAGCAGUUCUAUCCUGAAGACUUCGAAGUUGAUCUCAACGGCAAGAAGUUUGCCUGGCAAGGUGUAGCGCUUUUGCCAUUCAUUGAUGAGAAGAAGCUGCUCGAAGCUAUGCACACAAAGUAUCCUCUCCUCACCGAAGACGAGAAGCGGCGCAAUGGAUUUGGCGAAGAAGUGCUCAUUUUCAGCACCAAGCACCCACUAUACAAUGAAGUUGUGUCGAACUUCUACGGCAAGAAAGCGGAUAAGGACAAGUUCAAAAUCAACAGCAAGAUGUCGGAAGGCCUCGCUGGCAAAGCAUCGAAAGACGCCUCAUACAUUCCUAACUCGGAGCUAACCUAUCCGCUGCCUCCAGGUGGUCAAGAUCAGUUUACGAGCCUCGAUGUUGAUGAGAGCGUCAAGGUCUCCUACCACAUGCCUGUCAUUGGCCAAGUGCACAAGUCUAUGCUGUUACCUGGCGUCAAGUUCAAUGCUCCUGUUUUGGACUAUCAGGAUGUCGAACAGACGCGCCAAAAGGCUGAGCGUAGCGGGCGAAGCCACGGCGGCGUGCAGCUCUCGCACAACGGCGAUCGAUCUGAUGGUCGCCGCAUCAACUAUGCUGCGCGAGACAAUGGCAACUCAGGCUACGACAAUCGCAACGGUGGCGGCUACGGAGGUGGCAAUGGUUAUGGCGCCAAUGGAGGAUACGGCCGCAACGGGCCUCCUGCACCAGACCCAUAUGCUAGCCAAGCUGCAGCGGCUUUCCAGAAUCUGCCACCACAUCUGGCCGCACAGGCUGCGCAGCAUGGCUACGCUCCGCCUCCUGGAGCAGGCCCUCCGCGAGGCUAUGCUCCUCCACAGCCACAGUACGGCUAUCCACCAGCGCAAAACGGGUACGGAGGUGGUGGACGUGGCGGCGGCGGCGGCUAUGGAGGUGGAAGAGGAGGGUACGACAACAGAGGCAGAGGCGGCUACGGCUACGACAACAGAUCAGGAGGGUACAAUUCUGGAGGUGGCUAUCAGGGCUACCAAGGAGGUGGCAGAGGCAAUGGUAGACGCUACUAAAAGCACAUUGUAACAUAAUUGUAUGAUUGCGCAUUGAAAUGAGAAAAGGUUGGGAUUACUGCUUUACGAUGUUGAAGCCUUCACUUUGCUACAACGCAAUCAUUUUUCCAUCCGCGGACACAAUUUCCAACAUUUGAGGAUCUCUCUAAUGUGCGUUGAUAGAUUCCCAGCACACAAGAUUUGCACUCAGCAGCUGAGUGAAACGACUGGAGAUGGAGUCAUGACUGUUGGUGUCAUGCAAUUUACUUUACAUUGGCUCGUGUCACAUACGCAUAGUACAAUCGCUCUAGAUCGAAGUGAAAGGUCUCCGGCGAACAAAGGCCGCACUCAGCAGCUGAAGCAAACAGACGUGAAUGGAGGCAUUGAGAGUCGGAAAAACACUCUAGUGCAUGUUGCGAUAUCUCUAGCUAACGAAA